AUGAUCAAGCAUAGUUUAGAAGUAGAGGGCUUACUUGAUGCAGUGGACAUUGUUGGAACAGGUUGUGAUGGAGCAAACACAGUUAAAAUUUCGACUGGAGCUUCAAUACUUGCUGCAGCUUGUGGUACCAAAAUUGCAAAGCAAGGAAAUCGUUUAAGUUCUUCUGCAUGUGGAAGUGCCGAUGUAUUAGAAGAGUUGGGCAUAGUUAUCGACCUGGAACCUGAGGCAUAUGUAGAUAACAGUGGAACAAUUGAUUAUGGAGAGUUUGUAGCAGCCACUUUGCAUUUAAACAAAAUUGAGAGAGAAGAUCAUUUGUUCGCAACAUUUUCCUACUUCGAUAAAGAUGGAAGUGGCUACAUUACUCAAGACGAGCUUCAACACGCUUGCGAGGAGUUUGGUGUAGAGGACGUUCGGCUAGAAGAAAUUAUGCAAGAAGUUGAUCAGGAUAAUUAUUUGAUGUUGAAUUGGUCCACUGUUAAGAGUGCAAGUUCUUACUGA